AUGUUCGUUACCCGAGCUCCAGCAAGAGGUUUAAUUUUCAGAUCUGAAGAAGAUGAAAGAUCUGGCUUCGAAGGGUGCGAAGAGGCGACGUUUCAGCAAACCGAUCCAGAGACCGAUGACCUUUAUGAUUUUGUCAUAAGGAGGAGGCGACGCUUCGACAAGAAAGGUGGCGUUCCGGAAAACAAAUUCGGAGACCGACAAUGCUUUCUCACUCUUCUUCAAAACAAAUGGUAUGAUAUGAAUGCCGCCCUCCCUCCCUCACCCCCCCACCUGACUCAUUUCAUUAACCACCCAAAAACUUCUCAAUUAACCAUAGCCACCGACCACUACCCUGUUCUUUCUCUUUUCUCUCGGAGGACAGCAAAUUUUCGAUUUUUUCAAAAAAAGAGCGACGUUCUUGUUCUUCGAAUAACCUUGUUGAAGUGA